UGUGUGCUGUGUAGGAAUGGACACUCAGAAGGAUGUUCAACCCCCAAAGCAGCAGCCAAUGAUAUAUAUCUGUGGAGAAUGUCACACAGAAAAUGAAAUAAAAUCCAGGGAUCCAAUCAGAUGCAGAGAAUGUGGAUACAAAAUAAUGUACAAGAAAAGAACCAAAAGAUUGGUGGUUUUUGAUGCCCAAUGAAACAUUGGAACUCAGAGGAGUGUCUUCCUUUGU